AUGGGCAAGAAAGAUAGACAGAGACACAAGGUCAAGAAAUUUGUCGAGAAGAAGAAGAUUGUGGUCGAUCGGUCGCCCUCUCCCUUGAACGAAUUAGUAGCAAUGGAAGGUACCUCAUCGGAUGGGAAAUUGUCUGUGGGGAACCCUGAGCAAUGUGCUUCCCAGGAGGUCACUGUUACUGGAAGCAGUACUGGGUCUGGUGACAAGACAUCUGGUCGGGACAUGGAAACGAGUUGCUCGAAGGAUGGGACUGAGAAUGCUUUGACAGAAGGAGUGUCCAAUUCAGAUUACACAAGCGACCGUCUAUUGCGGAAGGACAGUGUGCCGAUGGACAAGGAUGAAAGUGUUGAUCACUCGCGCUUUGUGCUAGAACGAGGUGGUACUGAUGCGACAACCGAUGUUGCCAGCGCGCAGGAUUCCGCGAAGUUGGCCGCGGUGCCUAGUCUCAGGCACGAAACUGGUACAAUACGUUCUGUUGGUAGUAGCUCUGAAGCGAACCAACAACGCCACAAGAAGAAUAAGAAGGGCGCUGACACCGUUGAUUUGCCCGUGAAACGUAUAACGUCGAAUUUCCAGAUGACACCCGCGCUCUGCGAGAGUACGCCGAUUCUGGAUAGUGCCUCUGAGGCCCCCGAAAGACCCAAUUCGGAUGAGUUUGAUGGGUACGCGUUCUCCGCUGAAUCCAACCGCACGUCUCUACGGGCCAAUUACGGGUCAAUCCACGAGUUUCUUCCCGAAUCGCCGACGCAUCCGCUAUCCCCCGUGCAAUCAAGCACUGUGCGCACAGUGGAGCGUUCGAACUUGAGACAGAGUAUCGGGUCGACAAUCUUCAGUGGGAUGAGUUUUAUCACAGGUUUGGAUCUGAUGAUGAUAUGGUCGCGCAGUGCGUUGAUCAGUUCCGACUACAACAAAUUCCUGAGCUACUUCCUUUUCCCUGCGCUGUACCUGUUCCCCAUAGCGACGUCUCAUUUCCUCCGGAGCCGCAUCUCGCUGAGCAUCAGGUCUAACAUGCUGAUGUCGCAAUUGCUGUCGAUCGUUGGGUUUCUGAUUACUGCCCUCGGACGCCACUUCAGCGUGAUCCUGCUCGGCAGGUUUUUCAUCGGGUUGGGGGUCAGCUCCCACUUGAUCACUGCUCCUAGCACCAUUGAGUCGAUGAGGUUGCCCCUCCCGAACUUCAUAUUCCUACAAAGUUUUGCGUUGGGGUUGCUAUGCGGUAGUCUAAUCCCCGUGAAUUGGCAGUGGGCCCAGGGGAUAUUCGCUUGUGUUUACAUCCUGAUGUUCCUGACCACUGUUGUCGCAGUUCCCCGCGGGUCUCACCGGCGGCGGAACAGUGUACACGAUGUGCGGGACCACGAGGACUAUGUGUGGUCUGUCGCGUUCCGUUUACUGAACAUUAUGGGGAUCAGCAUCAUGUUGAACGCUGUGCUUGUGUACGCAAACGCGAUGUACGAUAACGUGGGCCACUGGACGAUCUUCGUGUUCAUAUCCGGUCUCGUUGUGGGGACGGACCUGUCGAAGCGGUACGGCUCCUUCAUUGAGAAGUGGAUCAUCUCUAUCAUCUCGAACGCGCUGACUUUCUUGCUGUUCGUGUGCUACUACAAAGACAUUGUGGGCAACGCAGCACUGUUCCUGCUUGCGUUCGUGUGGACCGUGUGUUUCACCACACAUUACAUCCUACAGCAGCGGAAGGACUUACAACGGUCGAUGUGGCGGAACAACUACUGGAAGGAGGUGACUGCCGCCGGUGUUGCCAUCACUGGCGCAAGUAUCCUCUUCAACGUGGCGUUACGUAAAUCUUUGUGGACCGCCCUCGAGCAACUCGUCUCUGAAGAACACCCGCAAGAACAACUACAGCAGAUACUACACCGUGCUCUCGAGUCCUCACACUGGAUCCAGCACUCUGCACCAGAAUUCGCACAGGAGACCAUUUACGCAAGCUUCAGACACAACUUCACCACGCUGUUCCUAGCCGCGAUCACCCUCUUGACGACGAGUCUCUUCUGUAUGACCAGCAACAGCGCCGAGAACGUCUAG